AUGAAGUGCGACGCCCAUCAUCCGCUCGCCUUCGUCGCCACCUCCGCCCGAUAUGCACCCUCCAACUCUUCCUUUAGCUCUUCAGCUUCCGUCUCCGCUUGGUCUGACGCCACCUCGCACUCGCCCGACGACGCCUCCUCCGCGAACACCUCCGACUCCGACUCGUGCGACGGCCGCGCCCCCAUCGACAACGCCGCCGCCCUUCGCCGCCCUCUUCCUCAGCGCGAGGUCGAACCCGUCGCGCCUGAGCUGCGGCUGAAUCCCCGCCGCAACGCUGCCGGUUACCAUGGACGCCUGGCGGCGCCCCCGGUGCUGGUCCGGCAGUCGGAUCGCCGGAUCAACUUUGUCGACAACCUGGUUGACUCGUCCACCCAGAUCGUCGAGGCGGUCUGGCCGCUCUCCUCGGUCGUCUGCCGCAAUGAACCCGGCAGCAAGACCGUCCUCCCACUGCGCACCUUUAUCCAGGAGACCCUCCGGCGCUCGCGCACCAGCUACUCCACCCUGCAGGUGGCACUGUACUAUCUCAUCCUCAUCAAGCCCCACGUACCCAAGCACAACUUCACCACGGAGCAGCCUGAUGACCGCGUCGCCGACCGCGCGCUCCAGUGCGGCCGCCGCAUGUUCCUAUCCGCCCUCAUCCUUGCCUCCAAGUACCUACAGGACCGCAACUACUCGGCGCGCGCCUGGAGCAAGAUCUCGGGUCUCAACACCCACGAGAUCAACCAAAAUGAGAUGGCCUUUCUCCUUGCCGUCAACUGGAAGCUGCACAUUGCCGACGAUGUGUUCCAUCGCUGGACCGACAUUGUCCUCAAGUGCACGCCGCCACCGUUUCCGCCGUCACCCGGCGGCACAUCCCAGUUCCUCGCCCACCAGACUGCCGACUGGAAGCACAUCAUUCUCCGACUGGAUCCCGAGCUGACCAAUGUCGAAUGCCUCAUCGCGGCCCCUCAGCCCAGCCCCGGCAGGCCGAGCGACCUGUCCGUUCUGUCGCCGCGGAGCAUCCUCAACCUGCCUCAGGAGCCACCUCUGGCCGCUCCCGCCCCCAAGCCCGUCAACGUGCCGGCCUUCAUGGAACCUACUCCGACCUCGGCGUUCACGACGGGUCGCUCGGCCCCGACGCUCGGCCUCUUGCCGACUCCGCGCCUGACCCCGCAGACGAACGGAAUCUGCACUCCUGCAGUGAGUGCGGCUUCGCAAAUCUUGGGCAAGGGUGGCGCCAUGGGCAUGGCCAUGGCGCAUGCGAGCUGCAUCAGCACCGUGCAGAGCCUCGACCGCUUCCCCUGCUCCGUCACAUCGUCGCCACAGGUCUACUGCCCUGUCCGCCGAUCCUCGCUCGCCAACUCCGUCUCCACGGCGUCCUCCCCGGAGUCGAUGGUGUCGGACUCGUCGCGCUCGUCGCGCUCCUCGUCCACCUCCUCUGUCUCGUCCCUCGCUAGCGCGACCCACUACAAUAGCUCUGGCAGAUGUAGCGUGCCGUCGCGAUUCCGAGUGGCCAGGCUUUGGAACGACAGAGCAUGCGCCAAGCCGACUGUCCCCUCGGUUCCCGAGGACCAUGACGAGUGGUGCCUGUCGGCUUCUCCCGAGACGUACAACGGCCCGGUGGCGAAGCUCGGCGACCUGUCCCUGGACACCCCGCUGGCGAGACGCGAGCGUGAGCUGGAUGACGUGGCCCGGGACGCCGUGUCGGACGCCGCCAGAGUUCUCCAAGACCUUCACAAUCACGGAUGCUCUGCGAAUUCCACGCCGACGGCCAGAACCGGCCGCAAGCGAAGCCGGGCUGCGUCGACCAGCGACAACCCCCUGCAGGACAAUGUCCGCGACAUUCUUUCCGGCCGCCGCGGAUCGUCUGCGUCGGCUUGGCCCGAUGUUCUCGUGCGCCCCGGAGACGUGAGGGCCGAGGCGGGCAUGCAGUUUCCCGUCCGUCCCACCUUGGGAGGGACGGGCAAGCGAGUCUGCUGCUCCGCCGAGGCUGCUUCCGUGUACCCUGCGCUCAGCCUUCGGGGGCCAGGCAUGUGGGACGGCAUUCUGAAUUGA